UGUAUUUUUAAUAAUAUCUGAUAAAUAUUUUUGUUCUUCUGUUGCCAUUUGAAUUUUUACAUUAACAUUAUUUGAGCAUAACACAAUAUAAUAUUUUGCAAAAUUUUCUUUAAAUUCGUAAAAUAAAUAGCUAUACGUCAAGGAUUCGUCUUGUUACUUUAACCUAAUGUUCAUUUUUGACAUUUCAUUUAAUUCUUAUCAUUAACCCCAUGAUCAAAACAAUGGCGGGUUCUGCAUUAAGACGAUUAAUGGCAGAAUAUAAACAGUUAACCUUAAAUCCACCUGAAGGUAUUAUCGCUGGUCCAAUAAAUGAAGAAAAUUUCUUCGAAUGGGAAGCCUUAAUCACUGGACCAGAAGGAACAUGUUUUGAAGGUGGAGUUUUUCCAGCAAAAUUAAUAUUUCCACCAGAUUAUCCAUUAAGUCCACCAAAGAUGCAAUUUACUUGUGAGAUGUUUCAUCCAAAUAUCUAUGCAGAUGGCAGAGUAUGUAUAAGUAUAUUACAUGCACCUGGUGAUGAUCCCAUGGGUUAUGAAAGUAGUGCAGAAAGAUGGAGUCCAGUUCAAAGUGUAGAAAAAAUAUUGUUAAGUGUGGUAAGUAUGUUAGCAGAGCCAAAUGAUGAAAGUGGUGCAAAUGUUGAUGCUGCUAAAAUGUGGAGGGAAGAUCGCUCAGAAUUUGAAAGAAUUGCUCAAAAAUUAGUUAGGAAAACACUUGGUAUUCCACCUUAAAUUAAAAUGUUUAGUGUUUAAUGUUAAUUGAAAACAAAAUUGUUAUUAUAAUUAAAAUGUCAUAUGAUUCAGUGCAAAUAUAUUGUCUUUAAAUUAAAAUUUUAUCGAAAUGUGAUAUAUACUUAAAAAAAUGUUUUACAAUCAUAUGUAACAGUGAUAAAGUGUAUUUAAUUAAAAAAAAUUAAUAACUCAAUUUA